AGAGCUACCUACGGUCACCUUAGCUAAUAAUUGUUCGGACGAAGGGCAGACCUCACGGGGUCACUCUGUAUUCUCAUUUCAUCGCCUGGAAAAUCUCUGCCAAUCCGAUUUGAUCCGAUCCGCUCCCGUGCGACGGCGAGGAGAAAGAGAUGCACGGUCAACCACGUAAACCGCUGCGCGUGAAGGAUGCCGCCGCCGCAGCGGCUAAGGCCUCCAACCUCCGCGACCUUCAAUCCCAACUUCUUCACAGCCAUCACCACCGCCUGUAUACCAAGGAGGCGAUCGCCGCCAGCUCGAAGCUACUGGAAAUUAAUCCAGAAAUAUUAACUGUCUGGAACUACCGGAAGCUCGCUCUACAGCAGAACUUAAAGGAAGCGACAGAUUCAGAGCGUAUCAAAUCUCUGGUGGACGAUGAGCUCAGAGCCGUAGAGAUAGCAUUGAGAGCGAACCCUAAAUCUUAUGGGGCAUGGUACCACCGGAAAUGGGUUUUAAGUCAAGGGCUUGCCGAAGUAGAUUUUGACAGGGAAUUUCGGCUCCUGGACCAAUUGCUAAAAGCUGAUUCCCGCAAUUUCCAUGGUUGGAAUUACCGUAGGUUUGUUGCCAAGCUGAAGGGUUUGCCUGAGGUGGAAGAGUUGAAGUUCACUAUGGAUAUGAUUAACACCAAUUUUAGUAAUUAUUCGGCCUGGCACAGUCGGAGUGGAGUUUUAUCCCGCUUGCUGAGCAUGAAGGCUGAGGGAUUUGCUGAAAGGGAAAAGAUACUGACUGAGGAAUAUGAGCUUGUAAGUCAAGCUCUUUUCACUGACCCAAGUGAUCAAAGUGGAUGGUUCUAUCACCUUUGGCUUCUCGAUCAGACUAUCACUCCAAAUGAAGUUUUACUGAUAUCUUCCUGGCCUUCUCAUGAUUCAGACUGUGUCCUAACAAUUAAUGGAAAUGCAGCAUAUUGCAAAUCGUCAGAACCCUUUCGAUCCAGCUACAAUUUCAUGAGCUCUGGGAAAUUACCCGUUGUUCUAUACUUUAACCAAAGAGUGAAAGGUGUAAAUUCAUCAAGCGUGACUGUGAAUUCUAUGUUUGUCAAGAAUGAAGAUCUUGUUUGGAGGCCACUGCUACCCACCAAAUCUAAAGAAGCUGCUUGUUGGGUUACUUACCUACAAAUUCCAGAUUUGCAGCUUAGUGAUACAAAAGUUUAUAGAGUUGAGGUCAAACUUGGUCAUUCCAAGGAUAUCUUGUCAUCUAGCGGUUCUGAAUUCAACCAUCCUUCGCAUUUCAGAUUUACUUUGACCUUCAACUCUGACAGUUUGGAGCAUACUAGAGGAGAAUCACUUGAUGAGUUGUUUGUCUGGGAUGAUGGUGGGAGUUCUACUUUGGAAAGUAACGAUUUGGUUUCAUUUGAUCAACUAAAGUUAUCUGAAGAUCAUGCGUCUGCAUUUUCUAAAUGGCAGUUGGAUACAAUAUCUAAUGAGAUAAAUCUUUUUAAAGAGUUAUCUGAAGAAAAUUGUAUAUUUGUCAAGCUUACAUUAGCACGACUGUUAAUUGCUCAAGAUGCAAUGCUGUCACACACAAUUCCCACAGUAAGGUUAAUCCAUUUGAGAGAUGUCUUAGAACUUUAUGAUGAUUUGGUAAAGUUGGAUCCAAGGCAUGCUGGAUACUAUGAGGAUGAAAGAAGCUUAGUUAUUAUGAACCAGGUCACUUUUGAUGACAAAUCUCUUUCAAGUCAUCUUUCCCACUCCAGUAACUAUAUUUCAUCAAAGCUUCAUCUCCAUGGUUGCUUGCAACUUAAAAGUUUAUCAUUGACUCGGAUUGGGUAUGUGGAGCGGUUGUUAUGGGUUCAAACAUUAGAUCUUAGUCACAAUAAGCUUAGGUCCAUUGCAGGUAUAGAAGCACUGCAACUUCUUACUAACUUGAAUCUGCAAAACAACCAGAUCAGUAGCAUCACAGCAUUAGAGCCACUAAAACUUCUUAGUUACUUGAGAGUCCUGGACAUAUCCUUCAAUAAGAUUGGUUCCCACCCUGUGGAUACAACAAGAUAUCUUUUCUCGUCUCCAUUGACUCACUCGAUUGUAAAGGAUAAAAAAUGCAUUGAGGAGUGCCGCCAGGCAAAUAUUAAUGUGGCCGAUAAUUGGGAAGCCAUAUUUCUGUUUAGCGACUUGCAUCUUAAGCAGUUAGAUGUCAAGGGCAAUGCAGUUGCUGAUGAGGAAUUUAGAGAUCUGUUGAAGAAGGUGCUUCCUACUCUUACCUGGCUUGACGGUGAACGAUUGUAAUAGCCAACAUUCAUGUCCCGUGAAAUUCUCAGGUGUGUAUAAUUUUUUUUUUACAUAAGUAGUCAUGGUUCCAGCAGGCAUCUCCUUCUUUUAUUAAGCAUCAAACCUAACAUAAAUGUUAUAACUGAUUCAGCUUUACAGAAAGAAAAUUGUUCUUUGGGAACCAUCACUAGAAAUCUGCAGGGAUUCCAGUUAUGGAAUACAUUUUUCUUGUUAUCAUGGGAUUAUUGUCUAAUUAGAGCUUUCUAUAUUUUGCAAGCUGAA